AUGGUCGCCAACUGCAAGCUCUGCCACGGUUCCAUCGCCAUGACUGUCCCUCCAUCCCCUAUGGCCCAUGCGUCUGCUGAGCGGACCGGUGUCGCCGUGCCCGAGGUCGUCGAGUGUCACUCCCACUGCCUCUCCUUCGCCUGCCCCGGCUGCGUCGCCAAAGACCGCCCCUCCUACUCCAUCCUCAGCAUGAACAACCACAUCUACGACUACCACUGCGACGCCUGCAUGGCCGACGAGGUCGCCCUCGGCCGCGCCGUCCCUAUCGGGCUCGUCCACUACACCCAUACCCACACUCAUCAGCACAGCACCAAUCCCAGCGUGGCUUGCUAG